AUGAUCCUUCUUGACCUUCCAGAUGAAAUGCUCCUGCUUAUUGCUGAAAACCUCGAUGAUGCCCGCCACAUUUCGUCCUUUGCUCAGGUUACUAAGAGGACAUAUAUCCUGUUGCGAUCGACCCUUUACAAAUUUGAUAUCCAGCAGAAAGGCGCCUCGGCACUGCUCUGGGCCAUACAACGUAAUCGGUCGGGCAUGGUAGAGAUGAUGCUCCAGCAGUACAAGUACAAUGUGAACGCUAUCUAUAACUCUAACACGCCACUUAUAUGCGCCGUAUUGCACAAAUUCACGGCGGUGGUCGACGUUCUCCUUGCUGACCCCGAAGUGGAUGUCAAUUUCCAGAAUAAAAGCGGAUAUUGUGCCUUGUGGUGGGCGGCAUUCAAAGGAUGUACGCAUAUUGUUCAACAGUUACUGAAGCGCGAUGAUAUCCAAGUCAACCUCGCUGAUCGAGAGGAUCGCCGUACUCCGCUGAGUGUUGCCGUAAUGCAGGGGCAUUUGGAAAUUGUACAGGAUCAUCUCUUGAAGUCCAAACAAGUGGAUGUCAACACAAGGGACCGAAAUAACCACACGCCAAUUUUCCACGCUCUGGCACGGCAAGACCGUAAGAUGACAGGAAUCCUUCUUGGAAAUGAAAAGCUUGACCUGUCCUGCCAGGACAGGACAGGCCGUUCACCGCUUAUAUACAGCUUAUACACGCACGAACCGGACCUUACAAGGAUGCUCCUGGGCCAUCCGAGACCCCAUGUUGAUCUACGGGAUCGCAACGAUCGAACAGCGCUAUGGCAUGCCGUGCAACUGCAAAAUGGAGGCCUCACCCAGCUCCUUCUGGAAAACGGAGCAGAUAUCAAUGCUCAAGACAUAGGAGGGAUGUCUCCGAUUCAUAUAUCAAUUACGAUGGGAAAGCCCUCUAUACUGCAGAUGUUGUUGGAAUAUUCAUGUCAGGGAUAUGCAACAUUUUCGCCUCAUGCAAAUCAUGGUAUUGGUGAUGAAAUACCACUACUGUGUCUGGCCGCCUACUGGGGGAAGAGAAGGGUGGUGCAGUUCUUGAUCAAUCAUGGGUGGGACGUGAAUGAGGUGAAUGCAGAACAGCGCACGCCAUUGCAUCUGGCAGUUGAGGAAGGGCAUUAUUCAGUGGUCCGGGUCCUUUUGAACCAGCCACAAAUUAAUUUGCACGCGCAAGACCAGCAGGCAUCCACAGCUUUGCACGAAGCUGCUGAAGGAGGGCACUUGCCAGUGGUCAACCUGCUUCUAGCUAAGCCGAGCAUAAACAUCAACAUUAAGGAUACAUAUGGCGCCACCCCGCUCUGGUGGGCCACUCGAUGCCGUAACGAUGGCGUGGCUGCGCGGUUACUAGCCGAACCAAAUGUGGACGUAAACGCCAUCGGCCACCACCUCAGGAGACCCGGCUACAUGGAUCGAUCAACAUCCCUCCAUCAUGCGGUCCAAGCGAGAGCAAUAGGGAUCAUCCGCCAGCUUUUAGCGGUGACGAACCUCAACCCUAACGUCACCGACCACCUGAAACGGACUCCGCUCGGCUGGGCAGCCAUGGAAGGCGAUGUGCAAACGGUGGAGUUGCUGCUCACCCGGUCGGAUGUCCUGGUGAAUACGGGGGGAGGGGAACAAACACCGCUUUGGUUAGCUGCAACAGGCAGCCAUACCCAGGUAGUGGAUCGCCUGGUACAGUGUCCAGGCAUUGACAUCAACAAAGGAUGGGGUCCCUACCAGACACCACUCCUCGCAGCCAUUAUCAAAGGUCAUUCUAAUGUAGCAAUGCCGCUGCUUGCGUGCGGGGAGCAAUUAGAUACCAACGCUGAAACAUAUGAGAAGGAGUCCGCAUUGUCUCUGGCGGCGCGUCAGGGAGACCUGCAGGUGGUCGACAGUAUCCUGCAGAACGGGCGCACAAAUAACCAUAAUAUCGUCGAUAAUCGUGGACGCACUGCAUUAUGGUGGGCGGCCUAUUCGGGGAAGACAACAGUCGUGGAACGGUUGCUAUGGGACGACCAUGUCCUGGUCAAUGUGAAGGAUGACGAGGGCAUAGACGCCAUGGCUGCUGCAAGGAUGCAGGAUCAUUCUGACAUUGUCAGUCUACUAGCUCAGCGGUCAGGGCAUCGUCAGGAUAGUAUUGCCUCCGUCGUUUGA